AUGUCUUUAGCAUACUUGGUAGACCUCAUCUGCGUAGCGGUUAUGCGUGUGAAUAGCGUUGGCUGCCUCAGAUGGAUAUGGCUAUACUCAGAGCCAUCAGGAAUGAUCUAUAUUCAUGACAAUCGAAAACGUCUCAAUAAGCUCGACGCGACGGUGGUCAUACUCGCUAUUGUCUAUUCUUUAAUACAUGCGUUCAUCGGGGGGAUGAAUAUGCUCAUCCUUGAGGGCUUCGGGCCCGUGAAUAUUGGACAGGACCAGCUGACUGUGACAAUUUUCAUUCUGAUAAUCUCCGUGAUACCAUCUUGCUUCACCUUUUGUUAUUCCGCUCUGGCAGUCGUCAAUCUCUGGCGCCACCGAAAUUCGGACCGAUGGAUUAUACUCAAGCCCUCAUCUGAGGGUCUUAUCCACGGUUCAUAUGAGCCUAUUUCUCGGAUUCGGCUUUUAAAGCGCAUACUCUCGGUUGCAAUUGCUGCCCUUCUUCUUUCAAGGACUUCCAUACUAUUCCUGUUCGAGCUCCCUACCACUAUUGAGAUGCUUCCAGUGCUCUCGCGACCAAUCUCGGACAUAUUGCGCAUUCAACGCACGGUGUACUCCUGGUCCCAAGAUGGCCUACAAGUCCUUGUUCAGCUCCCAUCGCCAUCAGAAAUCAUACAAGUCCCACAGGAGUAUGCUUACCAGAUCAUUAUAACUCGGUAUAUAGCCGGCCUGCACCUGUUGGUCUUUUGGGGCCUUGGGCGCAAAGCCAGAGAGCCAUAUAUCCGGGGGAUCCAUUGGUUACUCUCUGCCUCUGGCAUCUUUGGAAUCACUAGGCACAUGAAACAGUAUAUACAGGCCAUAUACAGGCCAACCAUCAACAGCGACUCGGAGAACAUUAUCGUGCCAUAUCGUACGCCGGACGUAUCCCUAUGUCGCUUUCAUUCUCCUACACGGAAUGAGACGGCUGCACCAUCGAGACUCGCUCUGGGCAUCGACUCGCAAACGUCCGCCACUAGUUCAUGCCGAACACCCGCUGACAAAGUUGAGAAGCCUAUAAAAGCCCCAUAUUCUGUGAAAAAUUACCCACUUUCACCUACUGCCGCUGUCGUGGACAAACUUGGGUCAGCAUACCCUGGGCGCUCAGAGACUCCUCCACCACCGUAUCUGGGACACAACGCCAUGCCUUGUCACGAUUCGAAGAUGAUCUAA